UGACCAGCUGUCCAAUGAGAGUUCAAGACACGAAAGCGCGUGUAUUGCUAGCGCGUGUGGGUUGAAGCGAAAACGCGUGAGCGACGCGACCACUACAAGCUUGAAUUCCGCACAGUUACAGAGGAAGGAGAGGCCACUCGGUAAUGGACGCCAAUAAAGGUAAAGGGGAUCAAGGGAUGCAAAAUCCAGGAGGGCAGAUGGACAGACCUGCCAACUUUCACUUCUUGGAAAGCAUGCUUCCCAAAGUAGUGAAGAGGCGAGUGCACGCCUUGAAAAGGCUACAGGUGCAGUGUGCCAACAUAGAGGCUAAAUUCUACGAGGAGGUCCAUGAGCUAGAGAGAAAGUAUGCCGCUCUUUAUCAGCCGCUGUUCGAUAAGAGACGAGAUAUUGUCACAGGAACCGUGGAACCCACAGAUGAAGAGUGUGAGUGGCACAGCGACAGAGAGGAAGAGGAGGAGCUGGCUGAGGAGGUAAAGGAAAAAGCUUGUAUUGAAGAUGCAAAGAAAGAGGAAGCAAUGCCAGAGGAGGACCCUAAAGGCAUCCCUGAGUUCUGGCUCACCAUAUUCAAGAGUGUGGACAUGCUCAGUGACAUGCUACAGGAACACGAUGAGCCCAUCCUAAAGCACCUGAAAGAUAUUCAAGUGAAGUUUUCUGAGCCUGGUCAGCCAAUGAGUUUCACAUUAGAGUUUCACUUCGAGCCAAAUGGUUACUUCAAUAAUGCAGUUCUCACUAAAGUCUACAAGAUGAAGUCAGAGCCUGAUGCCUCAGACCCUUUCUCAUUUGAGGGGCCAGAGAUCAUUGACUGUGAAGGCUGUCAGAUAGACUGGCACAAGGGGAAGGAUGUGACCGUGAAAACCAUUAAGAAGAAACAGAAGCAUAAAGGCCGUGGCACUGUCCGCACUGUUACCAAACAGGUUCCCAACGACUCAUUCUUCAACUUCUUUAAUCCUGUCAAAGCUUCACCAGAUGGAGAAAUGGACGAAGACUCUGAGUUCACCCUAGCCACAGACUUUGAGAUUGGUCAUUUCUUCCGUGAGAGAAUAGUUCCCAGAGCAGUGCUGUAUUUCACUGGAGAGGCUCUGGAAGAUGAUGAGAGUUUUGAAGAGGAGGAGCUGGACGAGGGAGAUGAAGAGGAGCAAGAUGAGGAGGGUGAUGAUGACGAUGACGAGGGAGACUUUGACCCCAAGAAAGAACAGCCCCAGCCUGCCGAAUGCAAACAGCAGUAACCAUGGUGAUCAGGGGAGGUGGAGACCUGCUGUCCUUCAAAUCAGCUCUUAACCAAUCAGCAAGCUCUCCUACUCUUGCAGGCUCUACCCUUUUAUGAACUUUCAUCUGAAUGCAAUAGAACGCAAACCAAACUGCGUUUUUACUAUGUGCAUGACUUCUUUUUCUUUUGUCUUGCGCCCAUUUCAUCCCUUUUUAUUUAGUCUCAUUUGAAUUCAAAGCGGGAAGUGACUUGACUCUAAUUAUAAUACCAUGCUAUCACAUAGGGACAGUCUUCUUCUUUUGGUAAGGUGGAGUAGGAUGCUACUGCCAAGAACCUCUGAACUUCAUAGUAUGGAAGAGAAAAGAUAGGAAAGAAAUGGUUCCACAGCUUAAGUUAUCAUGGAAAUAAAUCAGUUACUCAGGGUUUUUUAAUGCCAACAAGAGAAGAAGCGUAAGUUUACCAGGAAACUGCUGAACAAGUUUGACUUUCACUGGGGUUACUGCAGUAUUUUUCUUUUGUUAUGGUGUUUUUUAAAAGACAUACAAUGUAUCAUUUUGAAUUUAAUUUACUUUUUUAAAUGUUCAUUGUCAUGUCAUUGGACUAUUUAUUCUAGUGUCAUGCAGCUGUAUUAAGUGGUGCAUUUUGGGAACUCUUGAGGCCCAGCUGCAGUACAAUGCUCAUUCUUACUGGCUCAAAUCUUGUUUGGGCUUAGCAGGUCGGCAAAAUGCAAAUACUGCCAAGUCAAGGUUUUUAUUAUUGUCAUUAUUAUGAUUAUUAUUAUUAUUAUUAUUAUUAUCAUCAACAACAACAUGAAUCUCAGACAUUGAACAGUUGUGUUCUACUUCAGUACUGCUCACCCAGCCGUAUUGGGCUUAACAAGCAUUUAAACUGAGCACUUGAGUGGACUCAACAUUAAUUAAGAUCAUGUGAGGUCGUACUUCUGUCUUGUAUUGUUUUUUCCAGUUUGCCCCAUCACUCCUGAAAUGCUCUUUGAACUCAUGUUAACAAGCAUUAUAGCAAUUUACGAAAUCCAUGCUUUUGAAAAGCAGACACGUCUGUCUACAUAGUUUGUUUGAACUUGUUGGAUUUUCCCAGCCUAAGUAUCACAUCCAGUCUGGUAAACACAUUUAAGCUGACAGUGGCUAACUGCAGCCUGUUGUGGUAAAUUAACAUGUCAUUUUAAGUCCAUGAUGGGACAGUGCCAACAAACCAAAAUGAAAGACAAACCACACCGUCCUCUUUUAUUGAAUUGUUUGCCAAUUGUCAUUAACACAGUGUAAUCUAAUUCUGCAUUUGAAGUUGUUUAAGAAUAUAUAACCAUUUCUGUUAUUGUCUAAUGAUUCAGUAGAAUGUCUGUGGAAAACAAAUAGAAGAGAUUGCCAAUGUAUUUUAUAUACUGCACUUGGAUUUUGGCCGUUUGGUUGGACAUGUUUGCCUGGUGACUGGUCAGCGAUGGCAGUCACAGCGAAAAUAACACCCACCCCUCCUCUCUUUU